CUGGGUAGAUAAGGCAUCCGCAUGGUAGAAUUCCUCGUAGUGUUGUGGGCAAUUCCCAAUAAAAAGGUCAAAAAAAAAAAAAAAGCGAGAGACUGAGAACCAGAAAACAGAAAGGAAGAAGAAAAAGGGAAUCGAGUGAGACGAAAAUGGCGAGGAAGUCAGGGAUUUUGAUACGACAGUUGUUUGGCAAUUGGAGCAACCCCUGUGCAGGUCUUCUUCAUCAUCGUCGUAAGCUUCUUCCUAGUUCCAUCCAAACCCUAAUCCUAUCUUCAAUCCAUAGUCUAUCACCACGUGUACCUUCCCCUUGCAAAUUACCUCUGUCCUCCCCAAUCCUUCAUUUUAUUGGACGCUCCGAUGAAGGUCUUGUAUUUUCAAGGCCCGCAAAGAUGGUAAUCAUUUGGAACAAGGAUGACUAUGACAGGGCAAUUAAACAAGUUACAGAUGGAUUAUUGCCAGCGGUUUUCUACUUCAUUAGUCGCAAGUGCAUACCUUAUUCUAAUUAUGUGGCAGCUUCAAUUUUGUCUGAAUUGAGGCAGAAUUUCCCACAUGUAACCAUAUAUAAGAUAUUCGAGCCUCCUGCGGUAUGUCAUACGGACAUGAAAGAAAUAUUGGUGAAUAUGGUUCCUGACUAUAUGCCGUCAUUCCAUUGCUAUCAAAAUGGUGAAAAGGUAUUUGAGGUUGAUUUAUAUCAAUGGCACAGUGCUUUUGAACAGCUCUACAGUUAUGUCGUCCCAAUCGGAACCACUCAAGCUACGGGUUCAUCUGGGAUGGAGGAAAGGAGAGCUGAACAACUUGUCAUACAAGCUAAGAAAGAUGAGAAUGACAAAGAAGUCGGAGGAGGGUUCAAAGUGGGAAGUGGGAGGGCAUUAUCGCAACGGAGAAGUGCUGCGACCUUGUCACUUCAUGAUGUGAUGCAGGCUGUUGAAUCUUUACCUGGAGGACAUUAUGAAAGUCUUUUGUGGUGGUAUGCAAGAGGGCUGUUUGAAGGUCAGCCUAAGAAGAGAGUGACGUUUUCUAACAUGCAAGGUCCUUACUUCAAGGUUGCUUGGCUUCUUCGUGAAAUUGCUAAGGAAUAAGUUGGAUGGAUUCACUUCGGUUAUGAAAAUGCCGUUGACAUUAUGGUUUGCACUUGGUUGACAUUAUGGUUUGCACUUGUUUGACAUUACGGUUUGGUCUUCUUGACAUUAUGGUUUGGGCUCUUUUUUUUGGGUCGUAAUCAAAUAUAUUCAUAGGUACCCCCAUAAACCUGAGGAACAUAUUACUUGGAGAAGCCAAAAUAGACGCAAACAGAUUCGAGAAAAUUUCUAGAUAAAACCAACACCACAUCUCCACUCCUAGAAAUCUUCGAGAAAAUUACUUCAAGGUUUAGCGUAAAGAAAACUUCUAGACUCGUUCAGUUUCUAACAUUUGGAUCGAUUCCAAACCAUACCUCCACUCAACCUGUAACAACCACCCA